CUGCGGCCGCCAGACUCCUGACAACAAAGCAGAGCGCGCGGAAAGCGCGCGCGCGCGCGCUGCAACAGCAGCAGCAGCAGGAGCAGGAGCAACGGCCGUUGAAGCCACCGGCGGGUCUCUGGCGCCUUCGCCUUCCCACUGCGGCUCUCCGGGUCCUCGCUAGUCUGGCAUCCUUCCUGCUUGGGUUUCCGAUGCCGGCCUUUAACAUGGCUGAGGCUGGGCCGUGACUGGGUACCCGGCAAUCUUGACCGGAACAGAGACUUCUCCUACCCUCCCUCCCCGCUUCGCGACGUCCGUGAGAAGAAAGGGAAGCGAGGGGCGUCGCGCUGUCGGUUCACCAUGAGCACCUUCGCCUUGGAAGAGACCUUGGAGGCGGACUGGGUAGCCGUGAGGCCUCACGCCUUCCACGAGCGGGAGAAGCAGAAGUUUGUCUUUAUUGUGGCCUGGAAUGAGAUCGAGAGCAAGUUCGCCAUCACCUGCCACAACCGGACGGCGCAGAGGCAGCGCAGCGGCUCCCGGGAGCUCCGCCGCACUAGCGCGGUGGGCCCUGGAGCGGCCGAGCAGCUAAGCGCCUCCUGUAAAACGGCCGGCAGCCCCACUAUACGAAAACCUCCGGCCGGGCGGGGCGCGGAGUCCGUCCAAGCCAGGAGCUCGCCAGCAUCGCCUGUCCGGGCCGAGUCGCUUCCGCGCAGCCCGGGCAGCCGAGCGGUUGAGGCGUCGCAGAGGAGCCCGGCGAGAACGAAGAGCAGCCUGGCCCGGAGGCCUCAGCCUGUUCCGAAGGCGCCGUUCAGCCCAGCGGCCUGCGCGGCCGAAGAUCUGGAGGAGCUGGAGCUGGGCAAGGACGAGCCUUCGGGAGGCGCCGCCGCCGCCGCCGCCUUUCUUCUCCCUUCUCCUCCCGCCGGGCCUCCCGCCGAGUCGCCCACUGCGGCCUUAGAUGAGGUAGAAGCGCUAUCUGGAGAGGAAUGCAGCUGGGCCGGCCUCUUCUCUUUCCAGGAUCUGCGGACCGUCCAUCAGCAGCUGAGCUCGGUGAAUUCCGAGCUGGAACCCUGUUUGCCCGUCCUUCCCGAGGAACCGUCGGGGAUGUGGACGGUGCUCUUCGGGACUCCAGAACUGUCCGAGGAAGAGAUGGAUGCGUUGUGCUAUCAGCUGCAGGUAUACCUGAGCCACUGCCUCGAUACUUGCGGCUGGAAGAUCCUCUCUCAAGUACUCUUUACCGAAACCGACGACCCGGAGGAAUAUUACGAGAGUCUGAGCGAGCUACGACAGAAGGGCUACGAGGAGGUUUUGCAAAGGGCCCGUAAGCGCAUUCAGGAGCUUCUGGAAAAACACAAGAAUACAGAAAGCAUGGUGGAGUUGCUGGAAUUAUAUCAAAUGGAAGAUGAUGCAUAUGGUAGUCUUGCUGAAGCCACCACAGAACUCUAUCAAUAUUUACUGCAACCAUUCCGAGAUAUGAGGGAACUUGCAAUGCUCAGAAGACAGCAAAUAAAGAUUUCCAUAGAGAAUGAUUACCUAGGACCUAGAAGAAUUGAAAGCCUUCAAAAAGAAGAUACUGACUGGCAACGGAAGGCUCAUAUGGCUGUAUUAUCUAUACAGGACCUUACAGUAAAGUACUUUGAAAUAACAGCAAAAGCACAAAAAGCUGUAUAUGAUCGUAUGCGAGCAGACCAGAAAAAGUUUGGUAAGGCAGCUUGGGCAGCAGCAGUGGAACGAAUGGAAAAACUUCAGUAUGCAGUGUCUAAAGAUACUUUGCAAUUGAUGAGAGCAAAAGAAAUCUGUUUAGAACAGAAGAAGCAUGCAUUAAAAGAAGAGAUGCAGAGCUUGCAAGGGGGCACAGAAGCUAUAGCUCAUUUGGAUGAACUCGAAGCUGAUUACUAUGACCUGCAACUUCAAUUGUAUGAAGUGCAGUUUGAAAUUCUGAAGUGUGAAGAACUAUUACUGACAGCACAACUUGAAAGCAUUAAAAGACUUAUUUCAGAAAAAAGAGAUGAAGUAGUAUAUUAUGAUACUUAUGAAAGUAUGGAAGCCAUGCUUGAAAAAGAAGAUAUGGCAGCAUCCAUACAUCUGCAAAGAGAAGAGUUGCAAAAAUUACAACAGAAAGUCCGUCAACUUGAAGCAAGGCGGGGUCGCAUUUCUGCCAAAAAAGCCUACCUCAAAAAUAAGAAGGAAAUCUGCAUUGCAAAACAUAAUGAAAAAUUGUCACAGCAUUCUCAGAGUGAAGGAGAGUCAGAACAUGCUACAAAAUUUAAAAGGGAGCGGUUGCAAGAUGAGGUAGAAAGAAAAAGCUCAUGGGUUAGUCAAGAACGACAGAAAACAUUGGACAGACUUCGAACAUUUAAACAGCGCUAUCCUGGGCAGGUAAUUCUCAAAUCGACUAGACUUCGGCUGGCUCAUGCGAGAAGAAAAAGUACAGCCACUUCAGUAUCUUGUCUAGAUCAUCCCCCAUCUUCACCAGUAACUACACAAACAGAUAAUGUGGAGCAAGAAAAAGUAAUCCAGCCUUUACAAAAACAGGAGUCUAGAAGUUUAGGACAAUUUGAAGAUAUUUUUCAAUCUCCUAGUAGUGUUAUGUCUGAAUUUUCUCAAACUGAUUCUCUUCCAGCUCUCAUUAGUAAUGAAUUUCAUUCCAAUACAAUCAGUGAGGCACCAUUGCCUCCUCCUCUACCACCGCCACCACCACCACCUCUGCCCACUAAGGAAGAAUCUACUCAAUGUUCUGAAAAAAGCACUAGUCCUGUUAAACAAAGCAGUGCAGAGAAGCCAUUGAUCACUAUUGCACCAUCAGCUCAUUUUUUUGAUAGCAGUGAAUUAGUCAGUGCCAAGAAAAAAUUGAAGAAAACUGGUGAUAUAGAAGGAUUGCAAAGAAGAAGAGUGAGUUCACCAAUGGAUGAGGUUUUGGCUUCUCUGAAACGUGGCAGCUUCCAUCUGAGGAAGGUUGAACAGAGAAAUCUACCCCCAUUUCCCGAUGAAGAUGACAGCAAUAACAUCUUGGCACAGAUCAGAAAAGGCGUGAAACUGAAGAAGGUUCAAAAGGACAUUAUGAGAGAAUCAUUCACAAUUUUACCUGAUGAUGAUCCUUUAACUCGCAGCAUCCAUGAAGCACUACGACGGAUUAAGGAAGCAUCACCAGAGUCUGAAGAUGAGGAAGAGAAUCUACCAUGCACAGACUGGGAAAAUUAAGGGUCCAAGGAUUCCAAUGAAUAAGAUAUUUGUUUCACUUCUGAACAUUCAUAAUCAACAGUUUGGUCAUCACCUUAGGAGAACUAUUCUGAGAAAUUAUUUGAUAUGUGCAUGAAUACAUUUUUUAAAUUCAUACUAGAAGAUUUCAGUUGAACCAAAAGCUGCUUUAUUUAAGUGCACAUUUUGCAUAAUCCUGAAGAGAAAGAACCUUUCAAAAUAUUUUCUGAUUCUUCACUUUUUACAUACAGUAUGUGUGAAACAUGUCAGCAGCUUUUGCAACCAAGCUUCUUCCCAGCAUAAUUUACUAGAACAAGUAUGAAGUCUGACUCCAUUGAAGAUAUCAGUGUUGAAGAAAAAGUACUGCUACAUUGACAUUAAUUUCUUGUUACACCAAGAGGAAUUCAUUUCGCAUAGGAGGUAGAUUUGAAAGGAAAAUGCAUUUUAACUACUAAUAAUUCAAACUACAAAUUAGUUUGAAAUUGAAAAAUUGUUACACGUUUAAUGGAAAAUGCUCUAAGAAUGAAAUUCAUGUAUUUAAAAAUUUGUUUACAGUCUUCUGCAUUCUAAAAUGAUACAUAGCAAAACCCUUAGAAGACCAUGGAUACUGUAUACAUCUUGUAUUUUUAAAUUAGUGUUUGUUCUCUUACGAAUAGUAACAUUUUAAUUGCAGGGCUGAGUUAUAAUAAAGUUAUACAUUUUAUUUAUAGAAGCAAUAUUUUAUAAUGAAAACACUUAAAGUUAUUUUUAUCUAUUUGUUUAACUGUUCUUUGAUAAGGAACUUUUAUUUAAGGAGAAUGCAAAAUUGAAAUGAGAUUUUACUUCUAAAUUGUAAAAUUAUAAUCAUUUUCCUCCCCCUUCCAUUUUCAUUAUUCCCAUUCAUUGUUAGAAAUAUAUUUGAAUUAUGUAAUGCCCUACUUUAUUGUAAAUAAUUUCUUUUUAACUCCAGGAUAAUCGUCUAAAGGAGACCAAGCCUUUAAUAUAGUGAAUACUUAAAGAAAUGUAUUCCUAAACAGCAUGACUAAUAGCUGCAGGCAGCUCAUUUUAUAUUGUCAGAAUACUAAACAUUAUUCCUGCCAUCAAGGCUAGUCUUGUCCUGUUAAAACUGAUCAAAACUCAAUUCAGGAGAAUUUUGAGUUUGGCCAUGUCCUUCUGUUAAAGUGUACUAUAUGCUUGAAAAAGGAUAAGAUCCCUUAUCUUAGGAAAAAUCAUGUUAAAAUUAUUUACUAUACUAAUCUGUUGUCCUGUAGCAAAGAUAUUUUAUGAGAUUGCAUAUUGGUAGGAGUGCAUAUAGUAAUUUUACUUACUUUUUGGAACUAUUUUGCCCUUCUUUUAACAAAUAAUUGGAAAAAAACAUAAAACAUUUAAAUAUGUUAUGAAUCAUAACCCAGCACAGCUGGUUCUUACUUGCAGUUCCCUUGUCUAUUAAUGACAAAAAGAUACCUGCUAUUGUAUACUUGGCAGGUGCAUUUCUUCAGAUAUUUAUUGCCUUAUAAACUAAAAUAUUGUCUUCUAAAGGAAAGCUUAAAAUAGUAUGAGUUCAAUUAACAUAGGAACACUAAACAGUUUGGCAGAAAAAUAAUAUUGGUUAUAUUAGCGUCAGAUAUUUGUUUCAUUGAAAAACUGAACAUGCUGUAAUACAUUAUUCAUAGUUGUAAUCCCAGAUAAUGCAGGGUUCUGUGGCAAUAAUUCAUAACUGCAAAAUGUAACUCUGUAAAGUUUAGAAAAUCCCAUAAUGUCCGUACUGCACUGAUGGUUAAUUGUGUCCACAAUAAAUAUACUGUGUUUGAAUAUUUAGCCAUAGCACAAAACAUGAACUUCUACAACGAAGGUGAUAUGUGGAUCAUGCUAAACUUUGUAUAAUCAUUUGUAGCAGAAGUUUCAAGCAACAUGUCCCUAGGCCCUUACCAAUCGAUUACCAGACUUUCUGUGCAAAGAUACAGAAAUCUUUGCAUUAUUUUGCAUCCACAGAUUUUGAAUUUAUGGGAGAAGUAUAUGAAGCUCUCAGGCUUUUAUAGUUAAGAUUUUUGCCUUGAAAAGUGCAUGAAUAUUUUUAAAAAAUAUAGUUUAAUUAUUGCAAGAAUAUGAAAAUGGCGUGAGUAUAAAAAUGGCUUGUUUGUAGGAAGAUAUACACUGGCUGCUGUACAAUAGUUGAUCUCAUUUCUAGAGUUUUCCCUUUAGAGUACAAAUGUUCAUAACCUGUUAGGAUGAGAAGAUUGGUUCAGUUGUCAGUUAAGAGUACAGUAGCAGUAGUUUAUUGGUCAACACCAUGUGCUGUUAUCUUAGUCAAAGUUUUCUGACUAGAAGUAAUUCUUAAGUUUAUUGCUUAAAGCCCAUUGUAUAUAAAAGUUGUGGCAGGCUAAAAAGUCAUAGUGCUCAAGUCUGCAUAUUUCUCAAAAUAAACUUAUAAAGUAUGUAAGCAUUUAAGAAAAGAUCUUAGUAAAGAUUGUUUGAAUGAUGAAUUCCAGUAUUCUAAUGUUGCAUGCUGCCAUGCAACUCUUAUUUCCUAUUACUAAUGAAUGACAAAUUUAAGUUAGUUUUUUAAUCUAUAACUUAUAUAUCAGUAAAUUAUCUGCGUAUGUACAAAUAAAACUGACAAAAAGGGAUGGUAAAUGCCAAGUAACAAGUAGUAUCAUUUGGAAAAUAUAUGAUAGAGGCCCAAGUCAUUUAAAUAUUUCCAUUUGAAAAUUUAUUUAAGAUGAAGGGGAACAGUAGUACUCACAAAAUUGGUUUAUCUCCUAUACAAUUGUUAAAAGAAUUACGAUCGUAUUAAUUGCUUGGGGUUUUAUAAUUAUUUACAUGUUCUGUCAUUUAGCAUAUAUAUCUUUGUUUCUAAUUUCAAUCUUUUCCUUGCAGAACUUUUCAAAACUGCAACUUAUACCUUAAAAAUUGUAAUCACAGAAACAAGUUUAAUGGCACUAACUUGCAUUUUGCAGGGAUAUAGGAAGCAUAUGUAUUUCACCCUAAGAAGUCUUUGCUCUUGAGCUUCAUUUUAGGCAGUUAUAGCUUUUCAUAGUAUUGGUACAUUUUUGUAAUGGUGCCCUGUGAGGAAGAGGAAACUUUCAUAAUUGUCAAUAAUUUAUUUUAUUUACAUUGCCUUUAAAGAGUGAAUUGUAAUUUAAACUGUAUGGAUUUGUGAGCGUAAUUUAUUUUAAUUGUUAUGCUUUAUAAUCCUGGUACUGAAGAUAAUCAUAAUGAUUUUAAAAGAUGAAGCAGAAUGUGUAACAUUCCAAAGCCAUACUAGGGAAACUUGCAGCAGUUAAAAGCACCUUAUUUUUACUAGGAAUGACACUAAUCAAGCAACAGCAGUUUUUCAUAGAAAUACAUACGGGAAGAAAUAUUUGGAUUGAAUGUAGGCUUCUUGGUCAAUCUGAUGAUAAUUGAAGCAAACUAACACCUUGAUAUAGUCCUUGGCAGUCAGAUUUUCAUUGUAUUUAGAAUUAAAACUAUUCUUCGGCAGAAAAAUACACAUUUUUUUCAGUUAUUACAUUAAUAGCUGGAAAAAUAAAGCACUAGUUGCUUUUAUCCUAUAAAUGUAGCUAAUGUUGUUUUGAAUGAAACAAACAUGUAGUUGCUGAAGAAAAUCUUAUAUAAUUCAUGGAUUGGAGCUAUAUGGACAUUUCACAUGUAACUUGUAUAAUUGUUUCCUAAUAUUUUGCACAACCCUAUGUGUUGUUUAAGACAAUUAUGUGGGAUUCCUAAAUAGUGCUUCAGAAAUAGAAGCAAAUAAAAGCCCAUUUUUAUUGGGCCCUUUAAAAUCUAUCAUGGCUUAUAAAUGCCUUGUGCCAGAAAUUUAUUUUUCAAUUUUCAUACUCUAAUUACAAAAACAAAAAAGCCAAACGCCUAUUUCAGGAAAUUCCUUACCCUGGUCUUGUACCUAAGGUGAAAAAAUAAUGUAUUUUCCAACACUUAAGUGUAAAGGAAAUAGACUUAGUGGCAAACUGGUUCUACCUUCUUAAAUCAAAGUGAGGAAAUAAAACUGAGUUUGAUGUGUUUGUUUCAUACUGAGACUCAACAUUGGGCAAUUAUAUUGUUGUAACUGGCCAUAAAGAAUCUCCAGUACACCAUAUAUAUAUAUAUUUUUGAAGAAAUAAUGUCUCAAGGUCUAGUUUGAUCAUAGUGCACUAACUUACAAUUUAGUGUAUAAUGUAUAAAAUGUUAGAAUGAUGUGGCUGCAAGGAGAUUUCUUAUUAGCUAUAGUUCAUUUGAUAGUCUAUUGGAUAAUUUAUUUGAUCUAGACCAAUUUCAGGAUCUUGGCCACAAUUGCUUAAGGUUUGUAUCAUAAUGUCCUCCCAUUUUGACAGGAUAUACACUAAAAGUAGAAGAAUUUAAACUGGACUUGGAUUUUUUAUAAGGAAAAAUACCAGAAAAUAUUUUUCUUGUGCUGUCCAACUGAGGCGAUCAUCUCCCAAUAAUGAACACAUAAAAGCCACCAAAUUUACUUUAGACAUAUAUUUUAUUAAAAUAAAUUAAUAUUAAAUUGUCAUUUGUGAAUUUAGCAAUCUCUGAUGAGCCAUUUGGUCACUGCCACAAACAUCCACUUCUAUCUCUAUUUUCAUUUCUGGGCCAGUAUGCUAACAGUGAUUGGAUACUAAGUUCAUUUAAAAUAUCCUAGUACAAUCUCUGUUCAAAAGGUAGCCUGAGCUUGUCUUAAAUACAGUUUUGUAAUUGAAUGAACAGGCUCUUUGAGCAAUUUAGUAGUUUCAGAAAUAUAUGCUAUUCUCACCUUUUCUGAGGGAAUAUGCACGUCCUAAAUUUGGAAUUUUCUUUUGAUUCUUUUAUUUUUUUGUAGCUCUGUUAUAUCCCUGCUGUCAUUUGGGAACUGUAUAAUCCCAAGGGGAGUAUGAUAAUGAAAUCUACUACUUAAUUGUGCUAUAUUAAUGCAAACUUUCACAUAAGUUCAAAAUUUGAAGGCAAUCCCUUUUAUGAAUGUGUUCUUAUACUGUUUAUUUUUCACUGUAAAAUUAUGGUAGUGAGACAAGCAGUUUUGUGUUUAUUGGGUAUUGCUCAUUUAUUCAUUUAUUUGUCAUAUCAACUGCAAAUUUUAAUAACAUGAUUUUAUUUUGUAACAUUUACACAUUGCCUCUGAUAUCACUUUAGAAGCAGAAGAUUAUUUCCCCUUUCUCAUUUGUCUCUCUCAUUUCCGUCCUUUAUUGGUAAAGAGAUCUAUCUUAUAUAUAAGUUAUCAUUUUCCACGCUGACUCAAGCAUGCACAAAUAUUUUCCCCAAUCUCAAUCCCAGCUAGUCUAUUUUAGAUUAUAUGUGUGAGUUCCAUGCUUUCAAUACAGGUAAAAUAAUAGUAAAUUUAAGAGGCCACUAAGAUAAAGUCUUUGUUCCUGAGGUGCUAGUUUGGUUGUGGUUUUUCCCAAAACCCUAGAAUUUUGCAAAAACUUUGUACAAAGAAUAAUCAAAACUUGUUUGCCUAUAUAGUCAUGCUUUAGGAAUUACCAUUAUACAUCAUUGAUAAAAAUUCUGACAUCCAGGUAGAGUUGUGUGGAAAUUGAGUCAUGGGAACAGGACUUUUCUUUUUUUGUUUGAAACGUUUUGCUGCUUAUCCAAAUAGUUACUUCAGUCUAAGCAAGUUGGUUAGUUGGACCUGAUAUAUGUUCUCCAGGGUGGUUUCAUUUCUGAAUAGGCUCAUUAGGUGCAUAGGCAGAGAAGUGUUAAGAGACUUUGCUUUUAAAUGUUUCUCUUAGGUGGGUCCUAACUUGAUAAGUUUGAAGAAGCUACUUCAAUAAGCAGGGAAACGUUUCAAACAAAAAAUGAAAAGCCCAGUUGUCAUGACUCAACUUUCAGAUUUCAUGCAUCAUGUGUGUUCUUGAAAGUAAACCAAAACAGGGCAUUUUGAGAACAAGGACUGAGUCAUUCCAUUUUUUAAAAAAGAUAAAGAUAGCCACAGAUAUCACCAGAUAGAAUUGUCUGAUACAUUUCUUCCUAUCCUAACAUUCAAUUUUCCUGAUUUAAAUUAUUCUCCUGCUAUACUUAUACUUUCUUCCAGGGAAAAUAGUACAGAUUUCUGAAUGCUUUUUUCCUUCUAGUCAAACAACAGAUGGGUGAACGUUUGUUAAAUCGAGUGUGUAGAAUUUAUUCCUCAUCUAAUGUCAUCUAUAGCCUUUGCUUACACCUAUUAAAAGUACCAGUGAUGUCCAGAUGGGUUUCCCAAUAACACAUUUUACUUGCCUCUUAUAUUUGUGUUUUUCUAUUUAAUUAUUAAUUAUUGUUUUGAGUUGCCAAUAUCACAGCUGUGUUAAUAUUUUACUGAAAUGCAAAAGGCUGUCAAUAGAAUUGCAUAGGUAAGUACUAGAAAAUAUGGUACAUUUCACUUUUAAGCUAAAAUAAAAAUUACUAUUCAUUGAUUUAGUGUAAAAUUUAAAUCACACUGCAGUACUUAACACAGCUGUAUUUAAUGGAUACUAUUAAUGGACAUUUCUUUAAAAAAAGCAUAUUCCUGCAAACCUUUGCAAUACCUUUAUAAUGCUCAGUAUUCUAAAGUAUUAAACAAGAUACAUAAACUAAAUGAGCAUUCUUAGCAAUAUUUUGAAAAUUUUAAAAGUUUAAACUAUUUCUUUUUGCUUAUUUUUCUUUUAGUGCAGUCUUUCAGUAAUUAUGUUGUUUUGCUUUGUCCUUCAUGUUUUCUACUAUCAUGACUUCAAAAUUCAAACCUGUACUGAAAGUCCUGAAUGACUGUCUCUUAAACAUGCAAUGUAACAACAUACUUCAAGUUUUGGUGCUUAAGAGUUGCUCCUUCAUUUCCUUAAAUAAAAGAUAUUUAUUUGAAUACA